CGGAUAAUUGCAGCUUCUCACCAUUUUCAUCAGCUCAGAUGUCUCCUCAGUGCAGACAGCAGCACCAACAGGACAAGGAGCAGAUGAUGAAAUUAAAAACAGGAUCGGAGAAUAAGAACGCAGCCUGUUUGCAUUUCAGUUCUCUUCCUGUAAGAGAAGCCAUCAACACUAAUCAACAACAAGGGCCUAACACUGACCAAGAGGCUUUGCGUACUGACCAAGAGUGUGGACAAAAUUGUAAAAACAAAUCUGAUGGUAAAAAUCUCAAGUCAAAUCAUGCAAAGCCAAAGUCAUAUUACUGUUCUGAGUGUGGCAAACAAUUCCUCCAUAAGAGCAGUCUUCCAGCACAUAUAAGAAAACAUACUGGAGAAAAACCUCAUUGCUGCUCCGAAUGUGGCAAACGAUUUUAUGACAGUUACAAGCUCCAACGACACGCAAGAAUCCACACCGGAGAAAAACCCUAUGGCUGCGCUGAAUGUGGGAAAAGAUUCAUUCAAAAUAGCCAUCUUCAGACCCACUCAAGAACUCAUACUGGAGAAAAACCUCAUUGCUGCUCCCAGUGUGGCAAACGAUUUUCUGACAGUUACAGCCUCCUCACUCACACAAGAAUACACACUGGAGAAAAGCCCUAUGGCUGCGGAGAAUGUGGAAAAAUAUUCAUCAAAAGUAGCCACCUUCAGAGACACAAAAGAGUUCAUACUGGAGAAAAGCCAUAUGUCUGUUCUGAAUGUGGGAAAAGAUUCACAGACAGUAGCACGCUUCGUCAGCACACACAUAUUCAUACUGGAGAGAAGCCAUAUAGCUGUUCUGAAUGUGGAAAAAGAUUUCUCCAAAAUGGCGGUCUUCAGGCACACAUGAGAGUUCAUACUGGAGAAAAACCUCAUUGCUGCACUGAAUGUGGCAAACGAUUUUCUGAUAAUCGUAGUCUCCGAAGACACACAAGAAUACACACUGGAGAAAAGCCAUAUAUCUGUGCUGAAUGUGGCAAACAAUUCACGGACAGUAGCUAUCUUCAGAGACACACAAGAGUUCAUGCUGGAACAAAACAGCAGAAAUACAGUGAGGUAGAUGAUGGUGAUAAUGAUAGUGAUACAUCUUUAACUGAAGAGACGAAGACCAUCAAGAUGAAGAGGAGGUCAAGUACUGCUACUGACAAAGAGGACAAUGAAGUAGAUGAAAGACUGGUGUACGUUAAAGAAGAGGACUGCAGGUGGGGUAUACCGGAGGGUCUGUGUGUGAAGGAGGAGGACUGCGAGGAUCAGACUUCAGGUUUUAAAGAGGAAGAGUUCAAGGAGGAGUUUGAUGGCAUUAAAGUGGAGGAUUCCAGAGGGUUCUCGGCCAGUGUUGAACAGCAAAGCAUGAAACUGGGGAUUCAUUCAAGCAAGAGACAAUCAGGAGAGCUGUACACAGGGCUGCUUCCCAAAGAGCAUGAGACACCAGAGUCUUUCAGUGCUGAAGAGAAGUACGAGGCAUUGAUGAGGCACCGCUACAAUGGCUGUGCGGAACAGCUGCUGGAUCUCCUAGGCCAUGACGCUUAUCGUGUCAAAGAGUCUGCCCUUUGUGCAUUGAUGAAGUUUUCUGAAGAGGAACACAACCUAGACUACCCCGAUUUCUACGCCAAGCUGUACAGUCUGCUUGAGCCGUCAGUGUACCAUGUGAAAUACAGUGCACGCUUCUUUCAUCUGCUCGACUUAUUCUUGUCCUCAGGUCACUUACCUGCCUACCUGGUUGCUGCAUUUGUGAAAAGGCUGGCAAGGCUAGCAUUGACAGCACCCCCACAGGCACUUCUAAUGGUCAUUCCGUUCAUCUAUAACCUGAUCCGUAGACAUCCGAGCUGUCAGGUCCUACUGCAGACUUUACAGAAACACUACCAUCCAGCAGCUGCCAAAGCAGCAGUGGCUAUCAAGAAGCCCUCAUCAGACCAGGAGCAGGACAUCAAUGAGUUGUCUGAACACGUGGAGCGGAGAAAGGAAAGGAGGCGAGGCAAAAGUACGUCAUCCACAUGCGACGAGGGACACGUGACCGCGCUCACACGUGGCACAUGCGUCGAGUACGAGACCCCUAUGGUGGACCGUGUGCUUUAUACUGCAGCUGUUUAUCUCAGGCUUGUGUGCUGCUCCUUGGCCAUGCACACCCAUUUCAUGAAGCUCCUGAUGCUUCCAGACUUUGCCACCUUAUCAAAAGGGAGUCUUAGAAGAAACGAGCAGAUACUUGGGGGAGAGAAGAGAUUUACACAGAGCAUGGCCUCAACCAAAGAAGACGGUGUGCAUGAAAGACUGGGGUUCAUUAAAGAAGAGGACUGUGAGUGGGAUGCACCAGAGGAUUUGUGUCUGAAACAGGAAGACUGUGAAGAAAGAAUCUCGCUUUUUGAAGAGAAGGAGCCCGAGGGGGAGAUAAUUCAGAUUAAAAUUGAGGAUUCCAAAGAUCUAUCAGCUGGUUUUGAAAUACAAAAACAUGAAGCUGGGCCUAUUUUCAAGCAAGAGACUUUUGACGAAUCGCAUUCCAGUUUACAGCCCUGGUUCAUUAAUGCAAGUCAACUGACUACCCAGCAUGCUAUGGGGUUGAAAUCUGAUUUAUCCGAGUUUGAAGAGAAAAUCAAUGAAGGAAAGUGGAGUAAAGAAGAAGAGCAGCAGUCAUCUAGGAGUGUGGGAAUAAGUUUACAGGAGAACAACAGCUCCUCCGUGUCUUCUUUUGCUCAGUCUCCUCUUCACUGCACCCUGCAACACAAACAGGACAAUGAGCAGGUAAAAAAAUUAACAGGUGGACUGGAGACUUUGACCUCAGCCUCCUUCCAGAGCAGUCCUCUUCCUUUUAAUAAAGUUACACAGACAGAGACCAUCAACACUGAACACCCACAAGUGUAUAAACACGUUGCAAAUCAUACUGGAGAAAAACCUCAUUGUUGCUUGGAAUGUGGCAAACGAUUUUCACAAAAACGUAGUCUUCUUACCCAUAUGAGGAUUCACACUGGUGAGAAACCACAUUGCUGUUCUGAAUGUGGCAAGCGUUUCUUAGACAGAAGUGGUCUGAAUAUCCACAUGAGAGUUCAUACGGGAGAGAAACCACAUUGCUGUUCAGAAUGUGGUAAAAGAUUCUCACGAAUCCACAGUCUCCAGAUCCAUACAAGAAUCCACACUGGAGAGAAACCUCAUUGUUGUCUGGAAUGUGGCAAACGAUUCUAUGACAGUAGUAGUUUAUGCAAGCAUGUGCAAAUGCAUACUGGAGAGAAGCCAUAUUGCUGCUCUGAAUGUGGAAAAAGAUUUUCCACCAGUAGUACUUUGCGGGAGCACACACAAAUUCAUACUGGGGAAAAGCCAUUUGUCUGUUCAGAAUGUGGGAAAAGAUUCUUAAAAAUACACAAUCUGAAAUGUCAUAUUAGAACUCAUACUGGAGAAAAACCUUAUUGUUGUCCUGAAUGUGGCAAACGGUGCUCUCAUGGUAGCUUUUUCAGGAGGCACAUGCUAACUCAUACUGGAGAGAAACCAUAUGUCUGUUCUGAAUGUGGGAAAAGAUUUUUAAAAACAGAUGAUCUUAAAUGUCAUAUCAGAAUUCACACUGGGGAAAAACCUUAUAGCUGUCUAGAAUGUGGCAAAAGAUUCUCUGAUGGCAGCAGUUUGCGGACACACACACGGAUUCAUACUGGAGAGAAACCAUAUUGCUGCCCUCAAUGUGGGAAAAGUUUUUCAACAAGUAGCAGUUUUCGAAAGCACACACGAACUCAUACUGGAGAGAAGCCAUAUGCCUGUGCUGAAUGUGGUAAACGAUUCUCAAACAGCAGUGGCUUUCGUAUUCACCAAAGAACUCACACCGGUGAGAAACCGUUUAGCUGUUCUGAAUGUGACAAGCAUUUCUCAGACAGCAGCACUCUUAAGAAACACAUGAAAAUUCACGCUGGAAAGAACAAGACAUAAAACUCUAGGAAUUAUGGCAGACAAUCAACAAAGAGUACAUCCAUCAAACACAGUUUCCCUUACAGCAAAUAAUAAAAUUCAGACCAUAAUUCAGUUAGUCAUUCCCAUUUUAUCAGAUAGCUUUGGUAUCAUCGACUGGCUACAGAACAACAUGAAAUUGAGUUUGCGCACAAAAGUUAAUAUAUAAGUGAUGCCGCCCAAGAGUUUACCAUCCAAGAUUCAAAGGAGGCAUGUGGCUUAUCAAAAUGGGCUAAAUAUUCCAGACAACAACCAUUGGACUACAGACAAACCUCAUGCAUUGAACAGACCACCACAUGCAGAAGUUACUUCAAUACGAAACAAAAAAGACCCAAACAACAUCAACUGUAAAGUGUGGCCAAACAUUCAGAAGCACCAAAUGCUGGAGAGGGAUGCCACCCACUUGCGUACAGACAGCAGAAGUGCAGCAGGCCAGACAGCAAAACCAAGAAUACAAAAGGACUGAUCUACAGAAGAGGAUAGGCGAUUAGAAUGACCCCAAAUUAACUAGAAAAUAUGUAGACCUCCUGCCCCCUGUAGACCAAUAGAUAACGCAUGGAGGGCUUACAAGGAGUGAGUGAUCCCCAAGGGAUGGACCGGACAGUGGCCUGCACACAAGGUGGUUCAUGGCUGCAAUCACAUUUUUCUUCAGUUGUGUUUCUGUGUGUACUGUUAUGUUCUCCAAUGUCCCUUGUAUCUUGUGGCUGUCACCACCAUGACAUCUUAAACUCCUGAGCCCACCAAAGUUGAAGCAGAGGAGGUUCGGUUCUGAAGGGGUCCUCUGUUUGGAGGGGAUUUUCUGGAUUUUUGAUAAAUUCUGCUCUUUUAACAGAUUGUGUAUUGGAACCUGUUUGCUGUGGAUUGCCUUUUUUAAGCAACUCCUUUUAUUAGUCUUUUGAGAAUUUGUUGUAACGUUCCU